AUGAGCGUCGUUUCGGUUUCAACUGCCGCUGGAUUGCCUGUAAUGCGCCCAGACCCAUCGGAUAGCGAAGCAGAACAGGCAUCUGGGAAGAAAGAGCUUGAGCAAGGUCGGAAAAGCGGUCGUUUGCCCAAGGCUCGGGAUGAGCGACAUGAGAAAGUGAAGCGGCCUAGCAGGAGAACUCACCAGGAAGAAGAGUAUGAAGAGUCGCCGCUUGUAUACGAAAGGCAGAAGGUCUACGACAAGUACCCUCCGAAUUGGUUCCGCGAUGAGAUUUGA